CAUAUAUUCGCACUCGCACACAUCGAUGCUUGUCAUUGCGGCGGUACACUCACGGUUCAGGUAGGACCGUUUGGGGAUGGCUGAGAAGAGAAUGUGGUUUCCGUAGUAACCACCCCAGCUCCUCUCCUCCCUCCCUUUCUCUCUCUCUCUCUCUUCUCUCUCAACCUUCUUUCUUUCUCUGUAUCUUCUCUUUGGAUAUGGUUCCUUGAUCAGCCAAUGACAAAGGCUGAAGGAAAGAAAAAGGACUAGUCCAUCUUUUUUUCCUUUUUUUAAACAGAAUCCUUUACUCCCAUUCAUUUUGGAAGGAUCAUUGUUGGGAUUUUUUGGGAAUUCUCCUCACUGGACAUUUAUCCCAGUUUCUUUUAGAAGGAGCGUGUGUCCAUGUGUGUAUGAGAGAGUGUGUGAGUGAGUGAGUGUGUAUGGUUGCUGUGGGGACGUGGCUGAUGCUUGAUAAUGGCUCAUGCGGCGUCUCAGAUUAAGAAGAAUAAAGAUGUGGAUGUUAACGCACUGGAAGAUGAAAAGGAAAGAAAGAGGAAGAGCAGGAAACACUCACGGGAACCAAAAAAGAAGACAGACAGCAAUGCCAGUUACUUGCGGGCGGCGAGGGCGGGGAACCUUGAGAAAGUGCUCGACUACCUGAAGACCGGUGUCGAAAUCAACAUCUGUAAUCAGAAUGGGUUGAAUGCAUUGCACUUAGCAUCCAAAGAGGGGCAUGUGGAAGUGGUGGCUGAGCUGCUCAAAUUGGGCGCCAGUGUAGAUGCAGCAACCAAGAAAGGAAACACGGCGCUGCAUAUUGCCUCGCUGGCCGGACAGACGGAAGUCGUGAGAGAGCUUGUGACCAAUGGGGCCAACGUCAAUGCACAGAGUCAGAAUGGCUUUACCCCGCUGUACAUGGCUGCUCAGGAGAACCAUCUGGAUGUUGUGCGUUUUCUUCUGGAGAACAACUCCAGCCAGAGCAUCGCCACAGAGGAUGGCUUUACUCCGUUAGCUGUAGCCCUACAGCAGGGUCACGAUCAAGUGGUUUCUCUAUUGUUAGAGAAUGACACGAAAGGUAAAGUGCGUCUGCCCGCGCUCCACAUCGCCGCCCGGAAGGACGAUACCAAAUCUGCAGCUCUGCUCCUUCAGAAUGACCACAAUGCGGAUGUAGAGUCUAAGAUGAUGGUGAAUAGAACUACAGAGAGCGGCUUUACUCCACUCCACAUCGCUGCCCACUAUGGAAACAUCAACGUAGCGACACUACUGUUAAACAGAGGGGCGGCAGUGGACUUCAUGGCCCGGAAUGACAUCACGCCGCUGCAUGUGGCGGCUAAGAGAGGGAAUGGAAACAUGCUGAAAUUGUUGCUGGACCGGGGAGCGAAUAUUGAAGCCAAAACCAAGGAUGGUUUAACACCUCUUCAUUGUGGAGCACGCAGUGGACACGAGCAGGUUGUUGAGAUGCUGUUGGACCGGGGAGCUCCCAUCCUUUCCAAGACUAAAAACGGCCUGUCUCCAUUGCACAUGGCAACCCAAGGGGACCAUUUGAACUGCGUCCAACUUCUCCUCCAGCACAAUGCCCCAGUGGAUGAUGUCACCAACGAUUACCUGACUCCGCUGCACGUAGCCGCUCACUGCGGACAUUACAAAGUGGCGAAGGUCAUCGUAGAUAAGAAGGCCAACCCUAACGCUAAAGCCCUGAAUGGUUUCACACCUCUUCAUAUUGCUUGCAAGAAGAACCGCGCGAAGGUCAUGGAGCUUCUUCUGAAACAUGGUGCAUCACUACAGGCAGUCACGGAGUCGGGGUUGACGCCCAUCCAUGUUGCUGCAUUUAUGGGUCACGAAAACAUAGUGAAACAGCUUACGCAUCAUGGAGCUUCACCAAACACCACCAAUGUGAGAGGUGAAACAGCAUUACACAUGGCAGCACGGGCCGGCCAGGCUGAUGUUGUCAGAUAUCUACUGCAGAAUGGAGCUAAAGUGGACAUCAAAGCCAAGGAUGAACAGACAGCCCUGCAUAUAGCUAGUCGCCUAGGAAAGUUGGAGAUUGUGCAGCAGUUGUUACAGAAGGGGGCAUUACCAAAUGUAUCCACCACCUCUGGCUACACACCUCUCCACCUCGCCGCCCGGGAAGGUCAUCAGGAGAUAGCAACUCUCCUGCUGGAUCAAGGAGCCUCCAUCUCUUCAACAACUAAGAAAGGGUUCACCCCUCUGCAUGUGGCUGCAAAGUAUGGUCAGUUGGAGGUGGCCAAUCUUUUACUCCAGAAGAAGGCUUCACCGGAUGCAGCAGGCAAGACUGGGUUAACACCGCUGCAUGUGGCUGCUCACUAUGAUAAUCAGAAGGUGGCUCUGGUACUUCUGGACCAGGGAGCAUCUCCUCAUUCUGCGGAUAAGAACGGCUACACCCCUCUCCACAUUGCCGCUAAGAAGAAUCAGUUGGAGAUUGGGACGACGUUGCUGGAAUAUGGGGCGGAUUGUAACACAGUGACCCGUCAGGGGAUCAGUCCCCUCCACCUUGCUGCACAGGAGGGCAGUGUGGACCUUGUGUCUCUACUGCUCACCAAAAACGCUAAUGUUAACAUGGGCAAUAAGAAUGGACUCACACCACUGCACCUGGCUGCCCAGGAUGACAAGGUGGCUGUGGCUGAAGUGCUGUUGAACCAUGGAGCAGAGAUUGAUGCCCAAACGAAGAGUGGUUACACUCCAUUGCAUGUGGCGUGUCACUAUGGCAACAUGAAGAUGGCCAACUUUUUAUUAGGGAAUCAGGCCAGACCCAAUGCAAAAACAAAGAGUGGUUACACCCCCCUUCACCAAGCAGCACAACAAGGCCACACCCACAUCAUUAAUAUGCUGCUUCAGUAUGGAGCCUCGCCCAAUGAGCUCACAUCGAAUGGGAACACAGCUCUCUCCAUCGCUCGACGACUGGGGUACAUCUCUGUCGUGGACACACUAAGAGGCAUUACAGAUGAAAACCUCACUGCCACGCCUGUAACUGAGAAACACAAGAUCAAUGUCCCGGAGACCAUGAACGAGUUUUUGGACAUGUCCGACGAUGAAGGUGAAGCUGUGAAAGAUCAUGAAGCCCAGACUGGGGAGGAAGGUGAGGAUGCGAUGACCGGAGAGACCGAGAAGUACCUUCGGCCGCAGGACCUGAGAGAGUUGGGGGAUGACUCCUUACCACAGGAGGGAUACAUGGGUUUCAGUAUUGGAGCCCGCUCUGCCAGCCCCAGGAUAAGUAUGCGCUCCUUUAGCUCAGACAGGUCCAACACCCUGAACAGAAGCUCCUUCGCUCGAGACAGCAUGAUGAUCGAAGAGAUGCUGGCGCCCACCAAAGAUUCGCUUCAGAGUGUUUUUAAAGACAUUUCCUACAUGGUGGACCCUCAAAAUAAGCAUCUCGCCGUCACUCACGAAUACAACAGCGAGUGUAUGAGACGAUACAGCUGGACCCCUGACACAGUGGAUCACUCACACAACACUGUUUGCAGUCCCGUGCAUUCUGGCCCUUCCUCUCCGCUUCCUCAGUAUGAAUCCAGGUUCCUGGUGAGUUUCAUGGUCGACGCCCGAGGAGGGUCGAUGAGAGGAAGUCGUCAUGAUGGGAUGCGUAUUAUCGUUCCACCCAGGAAGUGCCCAGCACCCACCCGGAUCACCUGCCGCUUGGCAAAGCGUCACCGCCUGGCAUACCCACCCCCGAUGGUGGAGGGUGAAGGCCUUGUCAGCAGACUGGUGGAGAUGGGGCCAGCUGGUGCACAGUUUUUGGGGCCUGUGAUCGUAGAAGUCCCUCAUUUUGGCUCCAUGCGAGGAAAGGAGAGAGAGCUGAUCGUCUUACGCAGCGAUAAUGGCGAGACCUGGAAAGAGCAUCAUUAUGAAUGUCAAAUGAGCGAGCUCAUCUCUCUCGUAAGCGGCAUGGACGAAGAGAUCGAAAGCCCAAUAGAGCUGGAAAAGAAGCGUAUCUGCCGCAUCGUCACAAGAGAUUUCCCACAAUACUUUGCGGUUGUGUCACGCAUCAAGCAAGAAAGUGACCAUAUGGGGCCAGAGGGUGGAGUCUUGAGCAGUGAGGCAGUUCCUAUGGUUAAGGCUGCCUUUCCCCAGGGAGCGCUUACAAAGAAAAUACGUGUUGGAUUGCAGGCUCAACCGGUGCCUGAGGAUUUGGUCCGGACUAUCAUUGGUAACCGAGCAUCAUUUAGCCCGAUUGUUACUGUGGAGCCCAGGAGAAGAAAAUUCCACAAGCCCAUUACCAUGACAAUCCCUGUGCCACCCAGAUCCAAAGAGGCUGUUGCUAAUGGACGCAAAGGAGAACCAGCCCCCUGCCUUAGACUGCUCUGUAGCAUCACAGGUGGAAUGUCCCCUGCACAGUGGGAAGACAUCACUGGAACGACUCCACUCUCCUUUGUCACAGACUGUGUGUCGUUUACCACUAAUGUAUCUGCCAGAUUCUGGUUGGCAGACUGUCAGCAGAUCAGUGAGACGGUGGGUUUGGCAUCUCAGUUAUACCGAGAGCUGAUCUGCGUUCCAUACCUGGCCAAGUUUGUGGUGUUUGCUAAAAUAUUCGACCCUGUAGAGUUCUGCCUCCGUUGCUUCUGCAUGACUGAUGACAAAGUUGACAAAACUCUGGAGCAGCAGGAGAACUUUGAAGAAGUGGCAAGGAGCAAAGACAUUGAGAUUCUGGAGGGCAAGCCGAUUUAUGUAGACUGCUACGGCAACAUCUCCCCACUGACAAAGAGUGGCCAGCAACUGAUAUUUAACUUCUAUGCCUUUAAAGAGAACCGACUCCCAUUCAACAUCAAGGUCAGAGAUAUGGGCCAAGAACCAUGUGGGAGAAUAUCUUUCCUCACAGAGCCCAAAACCACAAAAGGCCUGCCACAGACUGCAAUCUGUAACCUCAAUUUCACACUGCCAACACACAGAAAGGAAAUGGAGUCGGAUCCUGAUGAUGAGAAUGACAAAGAUCGACGCCAUACCUUUGCCUCAUUAGCAUUGCGAAAGCGCUACAGCUAUCUGGCCGACCCAGCAUCCAAAGCAGCUGAAAGAGGUCAUAACACCACUCCAAAAACCACGCCGCAGCCUUCUGGCUACGCUUACAAGCCUGUCUUUACGACGCGCUCCUACCAGGCCUGGGCGACCAGCUCUCCUGUCAGUGUGCCUAGCCAGGCCAAGUCUGGAUUUGGCUCCAUCUCCAGCUCCUCAUCUAACACCCCCUCAGCCUCACCACUGAGGUCGGUAUGGUCUGUAAACUCUGCUUCUCCUAUCAAAUCCAUAAUUGGAGGAUCACCGGCAUCUUCUAUCAAAUCUGCCAGCGACGUUGCAUCUCCGAUUCGUUCUUACAGAACUAUCUCCUCACCUAUAAAAACUGUAGUUCAGGGUGCUCAGUACCCAGUCCCAGCCUCCCCAACCCUUCUGUCCUCUCCAGGGAAGAGCAUUCCUGAUCCUAUUUCAGUUAAAGGCCUCACAGGUCUGACUGCAAGGACUUCACCAGUACCAUCUGGAGGGACCUUACUGGAAAGAUCCUCUAUUGCUAUGACCCCUCCAGCCUCACCUAAAUCUUCUUUAAACAUGUACAGCUCAAGUUUGCCCUACAAGUCUGUUGUAUCGUCAAACCCUUCAGCAUCCUGCUCCCCCAUUAAAACUGUCCCAGGCUUCUCCUCUAUCAGAACCAACACUGAUGCCUCUGGGUCUGCCAGAGGAUACCUGUCAUCCCUUUCCUCACCACUGAAAUCCAGUACAGCCACUACUACAGCUGCACUGAUAAAUGGGACAGUUUCCCCAACGAAGUAUCGCUCCUCCUCCCCAACAAUCUAUCAUAACAGCACUCUGCAGGAAAGGAUUCAGGCAACAACAAAUGCAGCAACAACAAGUGUAAAUGCUGCAUUUGAUGAAGUAGAAAAAACUUUUAAUUCCUGUUCUGCAGGCUAUGGCACUCUAAAGUCAGUGUCCUCCACUCCCUCAUCCUCUUACCAGUCUAUUCGUUCCUCUGCAUCCAACUCACUGUAUGCCUCCCUCAGGUCUCCCCCAAUCUCUACCACUUCUGUCACUUCCAGCACUAUAACAGUGCCUGUCUAUUCUGUUAUAAAUGUCUUGCCAGAACACCAGUUUAAAAAGCUCCCGGAAGUCUCCAAAUCAACGGCUGCUCUUCUGUCCCCUAGAAAGGCCACGCCACAGGAGAUUAAUGCCCAGACUCAGUCCUCUUUUGCCAGAACUCUGUCCCCUGUUAAAACUCCCCUGCCCAUGUCCCCAGGGACACUUAAAUCUACUACCUCUUCACCCCCUCUGUCCAACAGCCAGGAGAUACUGAAAGAUGUGGCUGAUAUGAAAGAGGACUUAAUCAGAAUGUCUGCCAUUCUUCAAACGGAUACAAGUUCAAAUUCCAAAGGUUAUCAGUCUGAUUCUAAAGAACAAAGAGUAGAAGAUGAGGAACCUUUUAAGAUUGUAGAGAAAGUAAAACAAGACUUGGUCAAAGUCAGUGAAAUUCUCAGCAAGGAUGUUUUAAGAGAGAGUAAAGCAAAUAUUAAAAUCUGCAAGACAGAAGAUGUCCUAGAGGAUGACAUUGAUGAUAAUCCACAAAAUGAAUGGAGAUGCCCCCCUCGAUAUGAAACAUUAGCCCCUCGUGUUAAAACAAAAACAGUAUCUGACAGAGAUUACAAUCUUGCGAAAGUAGUUGACUACCUAACCAAUGACAUUGGCACAAGCUCUCUUUCUAAAAUAGCAGAGGCUAAACAAAGAACUGAGGAAGCAAGGAGAGAAGGAGAGGAAAAACAGAAACGUGUCCUAAAACCUGCAAUGGCAUUACAGGAGCACAAGCUCAAAAUGCCUCCAAUGAAUAUGCGCCCUUCUGCAUCAGAGAAAGAACUGUCAAAGUUAGCAGAUGCAUUGUUUGGCCCCGAAUUAGCACUCGACUCUCCAGAUGAUGUCUCCCAUGACCAAGACAAGAGUCCGCUCUCAGACAGUGGGUUUGAGACUCGAAGUGAGAGAACCCCCUCAGCACCUCAAAGUGCAGAGGGAAUGGGACCUAAGGGGCUCUUUCAGGAGAUUCCACCAGUCAUUACUGAAACACGCACUGAAGUUGUACAUGUCAUACGGAGCUAUGAGCCUCCGGAGGAUCCUAAGGAACCAGUAUUGGAGGAGGCUAGGAUGGCAAAGCCUCCACUGCGGUGUGCAGACACUGAGCCACGAUCACCAGGUGGAUCCAUUAAAGAAAGAGUAAAAGCUUAUCAAGCCAGAGUCAAUGCAGAGGAUGAUAUGAUGGCCAAAGGCAUGCGGGUCAAAGAGGAAACCCACAUAACAACGACUACAAGAAUGGUGUACCACAAACCUUCGUCUAAGGAGGCUGGACCUGAGAGGAUGGAGGAGACCAUGUCUGUACGAGACAUAAUGAAGGCCUUCCAGUCUGGGAAGGAUCCAUCCAGAGAGUUAACAGGCCUGUUUGAGCACAAAAGCAGCAGUGAAGGGGGAGGAGAGCAUUCCCUAAGACCUGUAGACCCAAUGCCAAAAGUUGAGCGCAUCAUUGAGGUUCACAUAGAAAAAGGAAACACAGCUGAACCCACCGAAGUUAUUAUUAGGGAAACAAAAAAUCACCCAGAGAAAGAAAUGUACAUAUAUCAAGGUAACAGUGGCAUAAAAGAACUGCAAAAUAGGAUGGGCAAUGAGCAACAUAACGUGGAACCUGAGGAAUCUCUUCCUUGUUAUUUUGACUCCAGAAUACACACACCCGUAGAGGAUGAUAAGAAACUGAAAUUGCAGCAUUCAGAUUACCACAAUGAUGGGUCAUCUGAAACUAGAGGAGAGUCGUACAAGUUUACAGACAAAAUGGUCCUUUCAGAUAAAUUUGACUCCUCCCAUUCAGACUCAGAUGAAUCUGUGAUUGACAGGUCACGUUACUAUGGUGAAGGAACACAAGUUGGCUCAGUUAGAGAAUUCAUGCUAAAGCCUGAUAGAUCAGGUAGAUCAUCAGAAGAUGACAGUUAUGACAAGCUUACUUUGCUGCAGUAUGCCUCUGAUCCUGAUAGCCCAAAAAAGUCUAUUUGGAUGAGAGUUUCUGAGGACAGGCAGAGUAAAAGCAGAGAGAAGCACAAAUAUGAAGACAGAGUAGACAGAACUGUCAAAGAGGCAGAGGAAAAACUUAGUGAGGUCUCACAGUUCUUUCGUGAUAAAACUGAAAAACUAAAUGAUGAGCUUCAGUCCCCUGAGAAAAAGCAACGAAGACAAGAUGCAAGAGAGACUCGUUCUGGGCCGAGCUCAACUUGCAGUAGCCCGGAGAGGUCAGUGCAUAGAAAUGGAGAGGACUGGAGCAGAGACAGGUUUCGGGAUAAAUAUGGUUCCCAUGACAGAAAAUGUGCCAGUUUACCAAGCAGCCCUGAAAGACGGGUUUUGCUUCAAUACAGUGACGACCCUAAGAAAGGGGACUGUUCUUCUGCAAGCAGUACAAGUGAAUCCUCUAAAUAUUUCCAGCCCUCAACAUCUAAGGUUAGUUCAGUCAGAAUGAAAUUUGAAUCAGAAGCUCAGAAACAAGAGAAAGGGCCCCAAUUAGGACAAACAUCAGGAUCCCCAGUGAGGAAGCUGCAGGAAAGUAAACUUCCUGUUUAUCAAGUUUUUGCAGGGGGUAGUCUUCCAAAGUCAACAGAGUCUCCAGAAAGUGAUAGAAACCCUAAAAAAGACAGUGAGGGCGGGCAAAGGUACAAUGUUCGAAAGGCUCAAGCCCAAAAUCAACAGAGUGACAGACAGAGAAAUAGGUCAGAUAGUUCAUCCCCAAAAUCACACCAAAAUGUCUACAGUAAAGAACAAGUUGCCAGUGAAGACAGAAAAACAUACAAAACCUGGGAAAAUCAUGGCAAUGGACAACUGAAAGCCCAAAAGACAAAGCUCACCCACACGUUAGUGCAUGAUAGGCAAAAGGAGGAAUCGCAGAAUGAGAAACACUCUUUUAGAGAUGGAAGCGCAGCAAAAGAGGAAACUACUAAAAAGAUAAUUUACACUGAGCUUGUAAUUCGUGAAGAUUCUAGUAAUACUGAAAAAUGCAAUGGUGUUGUAAAAAAAAACUCGGAAUCACACAUUCCUGUUAGGGUUUCAUCUAGUUUUGUGGAUCAUCAUCAAAGUAGUACAUUAAAAUUAGAUUCCUCUAUUAAAUCUGAAAGAACAGGGUUUCACUUAACCAGAAACACACAGAACCCUAGUUCUGGUGUAAGCAAAUCACCUAGUGAUGUGUCAUCAGUAGUGAACUCAGAUUCUAAGAGGCAGAUUGCUAAUAUAGUCUGUAAUGGUGUGGAUGACGACCAGGUUGAGUAUAUAGAAAAAGUUACCCCAGGUGUCACUGCAGACAUUAAACCUCUUCCUGUUUAUGUCAGCAUUCAAGUAGGUAAACAGUAUGAGAAAGAAACUGCCACUGGGCAGCUGAGUACAUACAAAAAAGUAGUAAGCCAUGAGAGCAGGACAGUACAUGAAACACGUGGAGCAUUUUAUACUGUUAAACAGAAACAGCCACUGUCCCCACAUGGAAGUCCCGAGGAUGACACCUUAGAGCAGGUGACAUUUAUGGACAGUUCAGGCAAGAGUCCUGUAACUCCUGAGACACCUACCUCUGAGGAGGUCAGCUAUGACCUGAACUCCAAAGCUCCUGACUCCAUCAUAGGUUCCAUUGCUGGCAUGCCUAGCCCAAUCCCAGAAGAGUCAGAGGAAGAGGAACAGCCUAAGACAUUCAUUUUUAAAGAACUACCAGCAGAUAAAGCCAAACCUGCCAACCAAUCAUCAGAGCCUUCAAAAAGAAAACAUGACUCAUCUGGAAAAAGGGGAAAAGACAAACGCAUAGCUUAUAUUGAGUUUCCACCACCACCACCUAUAGAAAGUGAGCAAGCUGACUCUGAUAAGAAGGGGUCUGCUUCCUCUGAGGCAGAAACAGAAAUGAUGGAGGUAAACCUCCAAGAGGAACAUGACAGGCAUCUCCUUGCAGAGCCAGUAAUAAGAGUCCAGCCUCCUUCCCCUCUGCCAUCUGGAGCUGACAAUAGUGACUCCAGUGAUGAUGAAUCUGUUUUUCAGCCUGCCCCACUCAAAAAGUACACCUUUAAAAUGGCUGAGGAGGCCGACAAACUCAAGCCUAGGAAACCAGAGAGAAACGGCUCACAUCACAAGGAGUCAGGCAUCAAUGGCAUUGUAAAAGGAGAAGAGGUUGAAUGUGAACAAAAUGGAAAUGAUCAGUCGAUUACUGAUUGCUCUAUAGCAACAACUGCUGAAUUUUCCCAUGAUACAGAUGCUACUGAGAUAGACUCUCUUGAUGGGUAUGACCUACAAGAUGAAGAUGAUGGGCUGAGUGACCCUAAAACGUCCAGUUUGUCACAUGAUGGAAAAGCAGGAGAUCGUUCUUUCAGCCAGGGCAAACUUGAAGUUAUUGAAGAGGAAAACAUACCAAAUGAGGAAUCGGGGGAAAAGUCAAAAACAAGGAAGUCAUCUGGAAAAAAAUCAGAUAAUGAUAACGAGAAAAUAUAUUCUUUGGAGGGAAGACACCCUGAUAGACAAGGGUUUACAGACAAUUAUUUUAAUUGCCAACUAGAGGAGGGCAUAAACACUACCUUUAAAACAGUGGCCACUAAAGGCUUGGAUUUUGAUCCAUGGUCUGGUAAAGGGGGAGAAGAGGGAGUGUUUGAUGCUAAAAACAAAGAUGAAGAUCCAAAACCCUGUGCUUUAUCAGUGGACGACAAAUCGCAAGCAACCACGCCGGAUACCACUCCAGCCAGAACCCCAACAGAUGAGAGCACUCCAACUAGUGAGCCCAAUCCUUUCCCCUUCCACGAGGGCAAGAUGUUUGAGAUGACCCGCAGUGGUGCUAUUGACAUGAGCAAGAGGGACUUUGUUGAAGAAAGACUUCAGUUUUUCCAGAUUGGUGAGCAUACUUCAGAUGGGCAGUCAGGGGACGAGGGGAGAGUGGGCAGGAAUGCGGGGGUAGUCGCCUCUCACUCAAAGACAGGGGAAAGAGCUGUAGAGGGAAAGGUAGAGGCAACCACAGAUAUAACACCAUCCAGAGGCAGCACAGCGCAGGACAGCACUGACUGCCUGGAUGCACCUCCAUCCGCUGACACCACCUCAUGCACUGUCACAGCUUCCAAGGUUGACCCCAAAUUACGCACCCCCAUUAAGAUGGGCAUCGCAGCUUCCAUUACAAUAAAGAAAGACCCUGGCUCAGCCGAACUGACUGAUGUUAAGGCUGAGUCUUCAGACAGUCAGAUUACGGAAUAUAUUAGCUUGGAGUCACAAUUAGCUGAGGGUCACUUUGAUAACAAGCGCACUGACUCUUCUCCAACAAGCAGGAAAGAUUACCCCUCAGAGAACUGCAAUAACAACAAUAAUUUAGAAUCCUCCAAUGUCCAGGCCAACUACAUCCAGUGUGGUAGUGUAGUUUUCAAUUUGCAGUCAUCUUCAGAACCCACCUUACAGAAAGCUAGCAUAAUAGAAUCUCAGUUCUGCAAGGAGUCUGGGGAGAAAUCAGAGAAUGCUAGUAUUGAGUCUAAUCAGAGUAAAGUUGUUUUGGAGAACAGGCAGCCUAAGUCCAAGCUCCCAGUCAAGGCAAUGGGGUUUAGUUUUAACACACACAGCUCAGGAAAGCAGAAACCUAAGCAGGUUGUGAGGCCAGAAGCAAGAAAAGUGGAUUCUGCAUCUGUAGUCCUUGAGCCCAAAUCUAGAAUUCCUGUCAAAGACGUGAAAAGAACCAGUGUAGUUAGCUCAACUGUUACAGCUCAAGUCGUUCCAAGGUCAAGGAAGACCACAGAAUCAGAAAGAUCAGUCAGGCCGGUAGUUCCCUCUAGACUACCAUUCAAAGAUAAAGCUUCUGGUGGGUCAGUUAGCCAGGCAGGUGGAGGCAAGAUAAGUGAAGUGUGCAGGCAGUCAAUUGAGUUCUUGAAGAAUGUUAGCGGAGAAGCAAUAAAAGUGGCCGAACGACUUUCAGACGAGGAGAAACAGACGCAGGGAGAGCAGUCGGAGGAGGACAGCAGCACAUCACGAAGCACCUCACUAUCGGACCCCUCUCAGUCCCAGCCCUCCCUCUCCGCUGGCUCCUCCCGAGGGGUCAAACCCUCGAGAUCAAAGGUCACAAGGGCAGUGGGCAGUGAGACAAGGAGGAGUAAGCGGACUGGAGGAGGGAAGGAGGGCAGUAAGAACGAAGGGGCUCGCAGAUCGCCCCCCGUCGCGGAGAUCAAGCCUAGUCCACAGAGUCCCUGUGAGCGAACAGAUCUUCGCAUGGCCAUUGUGGCCGAUCAUCUGGGAUUAAGUUGGACAGAACUGGCUCGAGAGAUGAAUUUUUCUGUGGAUGAGAUAAACCACAUUCGCACAGAGAACCCAAACUCUCUCACAGCCCAGAGCUUUAUGCUCCUCAAGAAGUGGGUUAGCCGGGAUGGGAAAAACGCCACGACGGAUGCGCUGACAGCGGUCCUGACUAAAGUGAACCGGAUGGAUAUUGUGACUCUGCUGGAAGGGCCCAUAUUUGACUAUGGUAACAUUUCAGGCACCAGAAGUUUUGCAGAUGAUAGCGCUGUGUGCCAGGAAAAGGCGGAUGGUUACCACAACAUCCUGGCUCAGCUGCAGACAAAUAGCAUUCCCACUCUCACUCUACCUUCCAUCUGCCCCUCUAUGUCUGAUGACCUCGAACCCAUCUUAGAUCUGCCCUUUGACCCUCCACCAUAUAGCCCCUCCUGGGGUCUACAGCAUUACAAUGUGGACGAGUCUGUCAGAAUGACCAGACCAUGCGACCUGCACUUGGCGCAACCUAUAAACCACACUCACCAACUCUCUGAAACAUCUGCUGAAAUACACACACACUCUCACACACACACUCAGCUCCCUCCCGACAGUCACAAACACACAACAGACCUGUUAGAUGAAACACACAAUGGCACACCUGGCGCACAGUCUCUACCUUAUGAACCUCAUCUAAACCUCACUGUACCACCUGCCACAAACACAGCCCUACCCUCUCUGGUUGAGCAGGGCCACCAUAUACAGAAGGCUAAACAUGAGGAACACGAAGACGAUAAUUUUCACUCCCAACAAAACAACUCCUCUCCAAUGGAGCAGAGUGACCUGACAUGCAAGGAAAACGAAGAGUGCAAGAAUCCAUCAUCAUCAUCAUCAUUACAACCAUCUCCAUUGGAGGAACCACAGGUUAUCAUGAAGGGACAGGACAAAAUGAUCCUGAAAGACUCCAAAGAUAAUGACAAGUCAAACCCUGUUUUGCGACCAUGGGUAGAGGUCUUGAGGGAGUCUUGUUCAGGAGGAGAGGAUGAGGAGGAAGGUGAAAAGAGGCAGGAGGUGUCAGGAGGCCACGUCGGAGAGAGGGAGAGCGAAGUGAAUGAGGAGAUGAUUAAUGAGAAAGAGAGAGAAAUAGUGAGAUCUGUUGAACGAAAUGAGUCUGAGUUGUGCUCGCUCUCUGCAGGCUGGCUUAGUGAGACUGCCAAAGUUAAUGCUGAGCUUCCUACUUCAGGGCGGAGUCUUGGGUCAGAUCACCUGGACAGGCAAGACAACAGCCAGGAGAACUCAAGCGAUUCCAUGACAUCAUCAUCUAAAGGGGAUUCAGGAAAACCUAGACAAAACGGUGAGCACUCCAAUGCCAUGCCCCGCAGCUCAGCGUCUCAGGAAUCCACCAACGGUGUAAAAACAGGGACUGGCAAGCAAGAAGGAGCUCUGAUCGCCGAGCACAAAGUCCAGCAGCGUUCAUCAACAGAGAGCGGCCUGGAUGAAGAGCGCACUAUCACCACCAAAGUGUUUCGUAGACGUCUUGUUCUCAAGGGAGAGGAGGCCAAAAACAUUCCUGGUGAAUCAAUUUCAGAGGAACAUUUUAUUGAUGAAGAUGGCACCAUUAUUACCAGAAAAGUGAUUAGAAAGGUGAUUUGCCGUAUGGACACACCCACUCCUGAAAAUCAAAGCUUGGUGAGUGGCACAGGGUCACAGGAAGACCCUGAGUGCCUUUUCAGGGCUGCCACCCCUGGGAAUCCUGAAAUCGAAACCCACCUCGCUGAACUUGAUGAGGGAGAUGUUUCCAAGGUGAGGAAGAAGGAAGAAAAGCGAUUAUCAGAAAGAAAACAUCAUUCUUAGAGGCGGUGUCGCAACUACAGGUUUCCUGAGGGGUGGGGUCCCAUGAGCUAAACGGAGACAUUUGGCUUAAAAACCCCAUCUACAGCUUCCACUCUAAAACGCAUGGUGUUCAAAAAGACAGAACGCAUGAGCAUGCAUCCCUGCUGAUACACUUCCUGUUACAAGGGGGUCUUGAUGAAUUCUACUUCCUGUCUGAGUUUGGUCGCGGUGAAUUCUGCUUCCUCCCGUGUCGAGUCCUGUGUGAUUGUACUUCAUGUUUCCUCGGGACCUAUGAGGUUAUACUUCAUUCUUCUGUAAGGUUAAUACCUGUGCUGAAACGGACCAUCAGAAAAUCAGAAACCUUUUGUGCCGUGAAUAUCAGAUGAGUAAGUUAAAUGGGAAAAUUUCACAACUACUCCAAUCUGAAGACAACACCAAAACCAAGCUCAUACAAAUUUCCCUGUGACCAAAGAUGGCACAAAGAGCUCUUUUUCAAGUUUUAAAGGGGGGAAACAAUAAAGAUGCUGUUGAACCACAAUGUACAUUCGCCUUACACCUUACCGCGGACCCGUGACAUCAGGAGGAGGAUCCCUGUGUUUUUUUUAUUUAUAAAACAGAAAUAAAUUAUGUGGUGGACUUUUCUGUACAUAAACACAUUAUGUAAAAAUAAAUAAAGUUUAGUAGUUAGGUUUGGAGAGGGCACCGCAAAAAUACACUUUACAAGUGCUUUCAACGUUUUAAAGACUUCACAUGCUCUUGUAUAAUGAAUUAUUAUAGCAGGUAUGUUUGUAUAUGAGAAUAGCUGGUUCAGGUUUCAGGGGACAUUUCCUUAAAAUCCUCUGCCAACCUUAACAAUUCCCAAAAUGGGAAUGUAUCAGAUUCUGUGAAAAAGUCAUCCAGAAGACUCAUAUUUUGAUGCAUGCAGUUAUUUUAAGAAUCUUUUUUCUAAGUUUGCAAAAGACAAAUACAGAAAAAUGACUUUUUUUCGUGUGCGCACACAACUCAACUUUUUAUAUUCCCAAACGUCACCCUAAAAGCGUCCAUCGUGUAGAAAUGAAAAGUGUGAAAGCUCUAAAGAGAUUGCUUCCUUAGGAGUUUUAAUGUAGUGUCCGUUAUCCUUUUGUAUGGAAGACUGAUGUUAGCCGGAGCGCUGCGGAUAUGAGGUGUUCACAAUGUAUAUGCUAGUUAUCAGCCUCUAUGUUCAACUAUCACUGUAUCAUGUGUAUUGACUUAAAAUGUAGAGGUCUGUCUUUGUCUUAAGGCUAUUUGUAACCAUUAAAGGAAUGUCUUCAUAUCCUUUUUUGUUUUCAAUUGUUGAGGUUUUGAAAAAAGAAAAUGUUGACAUUUUGUUUCAGGUAAGGUGAAUCUUUUAGUAUUUUCAUCUUUCGUCUUUAGACCUUUAUUACUUGUAGAUUUAAUAGUUUAUGUAUUACAAAAUGACACAUACUGGAUUGUCAUAGUAAUUUUAAGUAUUACAAGAAAUUGUUUCCAAUUAUGAAACUGUGUGAUAUAUUUUAGACCAGAGAUUCUGUGUGUUGCAGUGUUCUGCAUCAGUUUUGAUAAUAUAGAAUAUUUCUUUAGAGAUUAUUUUUGGUUUGUUUGUUUGGUUUUCCUCAAGUAGAGUUAGUCUUUUUAGCUUGUGGUGUGUAUGGUGUGAAAUUUGAUUUAGUAUGCUGAACUUUGCUACAGAAAUAAGAUCUGAAAGACUUUACGUGGAAACAUAGUCAUGAGUAUGGUUCUGCUUCCCUGUUACAUGUCAAUCAAACUGUGGGAGGGGCCUUGCAUGGUCCAGUCAGUUGUUUUUUGGUUAAUAUAAUCUGUUUUCACCUGAGCAACAUUUUUGACGUACAAUUCUUACAAUGAGUAAAGCCAUUUAAAUGUUAUUAUAAUAGCACUUUGGUUAUUGGAGAUCUUCUCUUUUAGAAACUAGCAGCUAUGAUGCCACCAUAAUGUUUCAAAUGUCUUACAAAAAUCUGAUUUAAAAAUGAAAUAAACGCAUUGAUUUUCCAAA